GUAUGACAUCAUAUUUGUAUCUGGCCGUGAGGGGAAUUCCCAAUAUGGGUAUUCCCAAAAAGUUUUUUUGUAACACUCAAUGUCUAUCUAAACAUUUCUGUUAAAUUCUGGAUUUAUAAUUUGGCAUACUGGUGUCAAAUCCAUUGACAAUUUUUCUCAUCGAGUUCCUUACAAUUUUGCACGAAAUUUUAUGAUAAAAAUGCAAGCCGAUUGGAAAGACAUUCGUCGAAGACAGCGUUAUUUUAUCCGAGAAAUUGACCCAUUGAAAGUAAUAGAGGUUAUGCAAGAUGUUUUUACACAAGAAGACUGCGAGAAUGUAAGAACUGCGUGUACGAAUCACGGACCAAUUGUUGCUGUUCGAGACCAUUUGCUUGGGCGAUUGAAAAGACGUGGUCCCAAUUCAUUGCCGAAAUUCGUUUUAGCAUUACGCAAAACCGGACAAGAACACGCUGCUCAACUUAUUGAUCCUAAGUUGAAAGUGAGGGGAGCUCUUUCAAAUUGUGGCAGGGAUGAUAGAGUUCUGGAACCAGGUGUUGCCGCAGGUAUUCAUUCUUCCUGUAAUGUUAUGCAACAAGUUUAUAUGUAUAUAAAACUCAGGAUGUUGUGUCAUAUUUUCUUUUGUUAUUUCAACCUUGAUGUGGCUUGUGUACUCAUGAAAGAAUAUGAAAAUGGCAACCUCAAGUCAAGCAUUAUUAAAAAGCUUUGCAGCUAUAACUUUGGAGACAUUUGUUUUCAAGAUUUGAACUUUAACCUUGUCAUUGAACCAGAUGAAUCAAAGAAAGUGAUUGAAACACUUGAUAACUUUGGUGAUUCUGUUAAUGUUCUGGUAGUGGGAAUGGAAAAAUUGAGCUUGAAACUACGCGACUACCAGAGUUAUCUCGUGCAACCAGCCUUAGAAGGAAAGAACACCAUAAUUUGUGCACCAACAGGUAGUGGUAAGACAUUUGUUGCCAUGGAAGCGAUUAAACAACACGUGUGCAGCUCCGGGCAUCGGUACGUUGCAUUCAUUGUUACCAACCUAAGCCUCGUUUAUCAACAGGAAUGUAAUUUGGCACAAUAUCUUCCCGAGUCCGUCGGAAUCUCGAGUCUCUGCGGAAGUAAUUCACCCACAUCUUCUCUGCCUCAACUCCUUGAGGAGUAUCAAGUGAUAGUAUUGACUGCGCAGGUCUUGGUUAAUUCCCUGAAGAAAGAUAAAACAGAUGCACCAGGAGAAAAAGAGCUAACAAUUGGGCAGUUUUCUUCUUGUUUUGACGAAUGCCAUCACACGAUCAAGGGUCAUCCUUACAACGAAAUCAUUCCCAAUCCCUGUCUGCCGCAAAUCAUUGGUCUCUCAGCUUCGCCCGGUAUUGGAACCAGUUCGGCAGAGAAGCAUAUUAUGGAGCUCUGUGCGAACUUAGAUGUACAAGAAAUACAGCUCUUCGUGGGAACACAACCUGCUAGUACUUCCAUUACAACAUUUUCCCAGGAACAAGAGAACGCGUUCAGAGCAACUGUCGAUCCUGUCAUGUGUCGAAUAGAAGUCAUGAUUUCUGAGAAAGAUUUUGAAAAAUCUGCCCAUCCUCACGGAAGUCAGCCAUAUGAAAAUUGGGUGGUGGAGAUGUGUAAGAAAGGACUGGGGCGCGAUAUCUUUACGUGUUUUGAGCAUCUAAAAGAAUACAACAAUUCUUUAAUGAUUAAUGAAGAUGUCCGCUCUGAGGAUGCCCUUCGCUAUCUAAAGGAAAAUAUAAACUAUAAGUCAUCGACCGAUAUGGAAGAGAGACUUCGUGUGCUAUUCGACGAUGCUGUUUCGGCUAUCGAAUGCUCUAGCCCAGUGGUGAGUCAAGGUUUGCAAGUGUUGGAGCAACGUCUUGUUGAAAAGUUAUCUGGCGAUGGCAACAAAUCGAAGGGAAUUAUUUUUGUGAAAACACGGCUGAUUGCUUUAGCUCUUCUCAACUGGCUUGAAAGUACUACUUCUUUAAAAGUGUUGGUGAACAAUCCUUCUGUUGUGAUUGGUUGCAGUGGUCAAAGUAAUGGAGGAGGAGAUAAAAAUUCACCAAAAUUCUUAGUUCUUAGUUUCAUUAUGUUUCAUUCAGGUGGUAUGUCGAAAGCCAAACAAGAUCAGAAGAUUAAAAACUUUCGCAACGGUGACAGCAACGUUAUCAUUGCCACGUCAGUCCUACUUGAAGGUAUAGAUGUCCCCGAUUGUAAUUUCGUCAUCAACUAUGGCAUGCCUGGUAACGAAAUAACGUUUAUGCAAGCUCGUGGCCGCGUAAGGUCACGAGAGACUGGCGGCGACGGUUGGCAAUACGAGAUUAUCGUACCAAGUGAACAAGCCAAGAGGAAGAAGCGUGAUAUAGAAAAGGAAAAAAUAAUGAAAGACGCACUUUUAAAAAUUGAGAAUCUAAACAAAAAUGAGUUCGAUGAAUUUGAGAGGCAGUUGCUCAAAAUCCAACACAAAAUACUCGAAGAGUACAAUAAAAUAUCGACUAAGAAUCCUGCCAAAAAUAUCACAGAUGAUGUAAAAUUGCUCUGCAAGAAAUGUGGCGUGUUUGCAUGCAAGGCAAAAGACAUAAAGAAGCUGAUGAGGACGCGAAAAGUACCGGUAGGUGUCCUGGAUUUGAUAUGAUAGGAAGGACCGUCUGCAAGAAGUGUGGCCUUAACUGGGGUAAACGCGCAAGAAACGAACACGGGGAGUUUCCGCUGCUGAAAAUUGAUGGGUUCCUUUUUGAAGGUGGUGACCUAGAUGGAAGACCUUCGUACAAAAAGUGGUCCAAAUUUCCCUAUAAAUUUGACGAAUAUGAUCCUACUGUUGCACCCUAAAACACUGCAUCCUGUUAUCUCUUGAAUGGAAUUUUCAGUGGGGGCGGAGGAGGUAUCGUUGUAGCUACUUUUAUUUGAAAUGGAAAAAUAGUAUUAGUGGAAUUGUACAUUAUAAUGAUUUUAUCAAUAAAUAGUAGGUGUCACAGAAAAUCGGCCCCCUGAAAAACUUA